AUGACUACGAUAAACUCAAACAAAUUAUUACAACAGGGCAUUAGCAAAGAUGGAAAGACGGUGCGAAUUGAGAAUACAAAGAUUAAGCAGGUCAAUUGUCCAGCAUUCUUGCGAGCCAUCCAACCAUUGAGUUUCGUCUCGGCGGUGAUUGUAAAGAAUUGUAGACUAAAGACUCUGCCACCAGACAUUGGCGAACUGGUCCAACUGCGUCGUUUGGUUCUCGAGGACAACAAAUUGACAGAGACUCCAAGCUUUGAGCGACUAGAGUCACUCGAGGAGUUGGUACUGGCAGGAAAUGAUAUCAACGUAUUUCAUCCAUCCAUCGCCAAGCUGUCACAGCUGCGCAUGUUGGACUUCUCCAGCAACUCGCUCAGCUCAAUACCCGUGCGAAUGACGGCGAUGGAGCGCCUGCGCGAAAUCUACCUCGACCACAAUCAGUUCAGCAACUUCCCCUCACACAUGUGCGACCUGGACGCGCUCACCAGCCUGUCCUUUGCUGACAACCAGAUUCGAUCAAUGUCCGACGCGAUUGGACGUCUGCGCAGUCUGACCAAGCUGGUGAUGGCCGGCAACCUGCUCGAGGUGCUCCCCGCCGAGAUCUCCAACCUGGUCAAUCUCACCUAUCUCGACGUCUCGAGUAACUUCCUCUCAGCCCUGCCCGAUACUAUUGGCGCAUUGACGCGUCUCCAGUACCUAUACCUACAACACAACAAGCUGGCGGCCCUGCCCGACCAGCUGGCCGGAUGCACUGCACUCCUGGUCCUGCGCAUCAAUGACAACGCACUUAGCUACAUACCCGCUACCAUCGGCCAACUCACACAACUGACAGAGAUACACGCGCAUGAGAACAAACUCAUGACGCUGCCCCAGGAGAUCGAGGGAUGUCUCGCGCUGAAGAAGUUGACACUCGAAUACAAUAGACUGGCGAUGCUACCACAGCGACUGGACCAACUGAACUCGCUCAACUUCAUCACGCUCCACGAUAACUCUCUGACUGAGCUGCCCAGCUUCCUGCACGUCGACUUCCUACAGCAUGUCGUGCGUCUUACACUCCACAACAACAUAUCGUUCGACCAGCUAGUCGCAGAGAUGCAGGGCAGCAACCCGUUGCCGCCCACUCACAACGCCAUCCACGUGCUGCAGCAACACUACAACAACAGUGUCCUGGCCGAGUCGUCCUCAUCAAUAUUCACAGUCAAGGAGAAGAGUCAAAGCAACAGCAAUGGCAAUGGCAAUAGCACAGGCCUUAGCCACUCUGGAUCUUUCACAUUCAGCUCUUCCCCUUUGAAGGGAUUCUUUAGCUCGCCCACCAAGAGACGCGACUCGAUACAUCAGCGACCUAAGGGCCUGGGCACCAGCACCAACAUCUCGAUAUUGGAGGAGGAGGGCGACACAGAAGGAUCGGACACCAACUCCAAUCACUCCGGUUCCGGAUUCCUCAAGAGAAACUCGAUAUCACCGCGCAACAGUAUAGAUCUCGGCGUAGUUAGCUCGCCCGAUGUGUUGUCCGCGUCUACACUGCUGCCACCCUCACCUUCACAACUAUCCACAUCGCCAUCACUCAGCUCCAGUAGCUCCAGCACAUUCUCUCAGCAACUUUAUAAGCCUCGCGACUCUAUCUCAUCGAUGGCCUCGCUCUCUUUGCACAAUCCAGCGCCGUCUUCCAGUAGCACGGGAGGCAGUGGCACGCCACCACUUCCAACGAUGAGCAUCACGCGAUCCCCAUCUACCCUGCUCAACAUCCUGUCGAACCGACGUCGAUCGAUAUCCAACAACGCGCCAACUUCACCACCACCCUCGCCACAGUACCGCCACUACCAAUCACUGUUUGAAUCACUGAUCGAUGAUCUAGACUAUUCACGCAAGCGUAAAGAAGACAUGCUCAACAUACCAAACGAUGACAAAUGGUCAUUCCUUCAAAAGUUGAAGCCAGACUGUACUUCAUGUCUGAUCAGUAAUGGAGUAUAUGUUAAUUCCCAGAUAGCCAGUUCGACCUCUGACCUAAAGUCAUUGCUGUCCUCACCUCCCAAGGUUAACCAGUCAGCCACAGGCUCAUUCCUUGGCUCUCCACGAUCAUUCUCUUCCAACUUUGUCAAACUACCCAAGAGUCCAAGAGGAUAUGCCAAGGUCAUGUCAACACAUCAGUUGAAUACUCUAGAGGAUAUUAAGCGUAUUGGACAGAGCUUGUCUGAGAAGUCUGUCACUUGGGUGGUCAACUUUGCAGAGAGUGGAGGUAUUGUUGCCAUUCUCACCUUUAUCUCUGCCAUCAUGUCCAAGGACAGUAGGACAGAAGAUGACUACGCCGCGCUGACCGAGUGUUUAUAUUGUCUAAAGGUGUUGGUCGAGUUGGAGAUGCAAUCAAUAUUGUUGACAGACGCUACCGACACGAUAUUCCCUUUGGUAUUGAUGCCGAACUUGCCGGUGAAGAGGAAUGCGUUCGAGGUGUUGGACUUGUUGUGCAAGACAUUCUACAUUGGCUCAUCCAUAACAUUGGAGUCAAUCAAGAACUUUGCAAAGAGGAAGAACCUCUCGAUGCAACAGGCCUACGACUACAUAGUCUCACCUCUGAGUGGCGAGUAUACUGCCGAUCUCAAGGUCAACUGCAUGUCACUGGUCAAUCACUUUAUCAAGAAUUGCCGUAAGGUCCAAGAGCGUGUGGAGAUGCGUAACCUGUUCGUUGCGUGCGAUAUACUCAAGAUUAUCAAAGAGGUUCGCAUUGAUGGCGAGGGCAUUGCCACGUCGUCCUGGAAGGCACUCGAGACCGAGAUGGCCCUGUUCGAGUCUUCAAUGGUCGAUGAUGAGAACUCCCUAUCCAUGCUCACUCCGCGUCUAUCUGGCAUCGAGCUGUCUGACAGUGGCGGCGAGGAGAAUGUCAUUGCCACAGGCGUUGGCAACUCAGACGCCCGUCUUACAGUCCUCAUCGCCUGCACAUCAGAGGAGGGAUCAAUCACGGGUCCAGUGCGAGAGGUCCUGGUGCCGAUAUCAAAGAAGACACAGGUGUCAGAUGUGAUCAGGACUAUCACCAGCUCCAACUCCAACCUGAAAGACUUUGGAGAGUGGGGAUUGUUCAUGCGAGACAUUGACAAGGCCACUCAAGAGGGCAGAUUCCUCAAGGAUGAGGAGUAUCUUGCUGAUCACCAAGCGUUGAACGACGGUGCCAAUCAAUUCCGCGAGUACUCACUCAAGAUGGUGCCGUGGAGGGUACGUGUCUGUCUGGAUCGCAUCAAGGAGAUGGGAUUGGUUUGCCCGCAGACGUCCUCCGCCAACAAAGGAAUGAUCAUUGUUGAGGAACCAAUGGACCCGACAAUGACCUGCGCAGUACUUGUUGGUCGCCUGAUCAGGAAGUACCUACCCAAAGCGAAUGAGCAGUACAGCUUGGAGUCUGAUGACUUUGGACUAUACCUCGACAGCUUUGGUUUUGGCACUGGCGGACAGGCAGGUUACUGGCUCGAGCCAUUGGAGAAGCUGCACGUCAACAAGGAGAUAUUCAAGGACCCCAAGUGCUCAGUCACGCUCCGUCUGCGUCUAAAGCUUGUCAAACUCAAGUUCGCCGACGACACAUUUGAACAGGUGCGUCUGGACCUCACCGCGCCCACCCAAGACGUGUUCAAGGAGAUCGCGCAGAAGAUUGUUGAUCCAGUCAAUGGCAUCAACUUGUCACACUAUGGAAUCUUUGUGGAUCGACUGGGCGAGGUUGUGACGCAUUCGGACAAGCAGCGCAAGACAGAGUGGAUAGAGCCAGGACGCCCGCUGUACCACUACAAGAUAAGUGAUCGUGUGUGUCUACGCUUUGCCGUGCGACCCACUCCCAUUACACUCAUGAUGGACUCGUCCUUGCUUAGCCCAGCCACAGAGAAGCAGCAGCAACAGCCCCCAGAGAUCGAGCCAUUGACGAUCAGCUCCAGCGCGGCUACACCCCACAACAUGGAUGCUGUUGCCAGUCUGAUGAUGCCAACCGCCAAGCCUAUUGAGCUGAAAUCGAUCACUGUCCAGAUCCCUCUGCACCUUCCACUGCACGCCUCGCUUGAUACUGAUGAAAACUGGCUACAGAGCAAGGUGGAGCAGGCCAAGUGUCUCUUCCACAUAGACUCGUUUGACGGACCCGUCAUCAAUCAGUACCAGCCACUCAAUAGCCAGUACUUCACCACGGCCAACAAAAUCUACGUCGAGCUGGCUGAGGAGUCUGACCAAUCCGUUCCAGACUAUAUGCAUCACAACGCCACCAACAUCUGGGAGGAGGUAAACGACCGAACGACCAUCUUCUUUGAUGUCAACCCAGUCACCACCAAGCUGACCAACAUCAUUCGUGGCGCUACACUCAACAAGCUCGUGGAGAUCUCGACCAACAACAUCGAUGUGGACCGCGAUACAAUGAAUGUGUUGUUGCUCACAUACAUGUCUUUCACAACGUCUGACACUCUGCUGGAGAAGUUGAUUGAGCGCUACAAUGUGCCAGAUCAUAUCGAGAAGAAGAACAAGAAUGUCAUCCAGUUGCACGUGAUUGUAUUCAUUAAGAACUGGCUGGAACAGCAGUCGCCGCAGGCUGCCAGUGGAGGUGGCCUCGAGGAGCGAUUCCUGGAGCGCAUCAAUCAGUUUAUCGACAGACUCUCGGGCGAUGGCUACGCCAACAUGGUGCCACCACUGCGCAAGUUAGUCGAGUCUGGCAUCAAGAAGAAGCGAGCCUAUGCCAUGCCGGAGGUGUCGCGCAGCCUUAACAACUCCAGCAAGUUGCCUUCACUCCAGCUCUCUUUCUUGGAGGACGAGCUGUUUGUGGCGCAGCAGUUGACACUUCGCGAGUUUGACAUAUUCAAGCGCAUCCAGCCUGUGGAGUUCCUCAAUCAAGCGUGGAACAAGGCCAAGCUGCAGUACAAGGCUGCCAACUUGCUAAAGAUGAUCGAUCACUUCAACAAGACAUCGGUGGCCAUCUCCACUUCGAUCCUGUCGCAGCCCAAGAUCAAGGCGCGUGUCAAGUUGAUCUGCCACUACAUCAACAUUGCCUUGCACUUGCGCAAGCUGAACAACUUCCAUCUGCUCACGGCCUUCCUGGCCGGUAUCCACAACUCGUCCGUACUUCGUCUGCGUCUAUCAUGGAGCAAAGUGCCCAAGAAGCUGAGGCAACAACUCGAGGAGCUGGAAGAGGUCAUGUCCAUGGAGGCAUCAUUCAAGACAUACAGGACAUUGAUCAAGGAGCUAAUACCUCCAUGUAUUCCAUAUUUAGGUGUAUAUUUAAAGGAUCUGACAUUUAUAGAGGAUGGCAACAGCGAUAGUGUUGACGGCCUGAUCAAUUGGGCAAAGAAGAAGCUCAUCUAUACGAUUAUAUCAAUCAUACAAGGCUGCCAGGACAUCAACUAUGAUUUUGGACCGAGUUCACCAUCGACGGCCCAACGGGCCGAGUUGGUGCUGGCAUCAUUCGAUUCGCUGCCAAUGGCCAACGACGAGGUGCUGUACCAAAUGUCACAGCAGCUGGAGCCCAAGCAGAAUGGUGUCCAAUAA